CGUCAGUGUUCAUUGCUAACGAUCGAACACACACACACACACAAACAUGAUGACGACGAUGACGAGCCUUACCACAUCAUUACCAUACCCUUUCCAACUCCUACUAGUCUUUAUCACCUCCAUGGCGUCAAUCACUUUACUAGGCCGAAUGCUAUCAAGGCCCACAUCCAAACUCAAAGACCGGUCUCGCCAGCUUCCUCCAGGCCCACCAGGAUGGCCUAUUCUCGGCAACUUACCGGAACUAAUGAUGACUCGUCCUAGGCACAAGUAUUUCCACCUCGCCAUGAAAGAGCUCAAAACGGAUAUCGCAUGUUUCAACUUGGCCGGUGUCCGCGCCAUCACCAUAAACUCGGACGAGAUAGCUAGAGAAGCCUUUAGAGAGCGAGACGCCGAUCUUUGCGACCGGCCUAAUCUUUUCAUCAUGGAGACCAUCGGAGAUAAUUACAAGUCAAUGGGAAUCUCACCGUACGGUGAACAGUUCAUGAAGAUGAAAAGAGUGAUCACAACGGAAGCUAUGUCCGUCAAAACGUUAAACAUGUUGGCAAAAUCAAGAACCAUCGAAGCGGAUAACCUCCUCGCGUACGUUAACUCCAUGUAUCAACGGUCCGAGACGGUGGACGUUAGAGAACUCUCGAGGGUGUAUGGUUACGCGGUGACCAUGAGGAUGUUGUUUGGUAGGAGACAUGUCACGAAAGAUAACAUUUUUUCGGACGAGGGAAGAUUAGGGAAAGAGGAAAAGAGGCAUCUCGAGGCGAUUUUCGAAACUUUGAAUUGUUUGCCGUGUUUUUCCCCGGCGGAUUACCUGGAAAAAUGGUUUAAAGGUUGGAACAUUGAUGGUCAAGAGAAGAGGGUGAAAGUGAAUUCUAAGAUUGUUCGUAGUUACAACAAUCCGAUCAUCGACGAGAGGGUCGAGUUAUGGAGGGAAAAAGGUGGUAAGGCUGCUGUUGAAGAUUGGAUUGAUACGUUCAUUACGCUGAAAGAUGGAAAUGGAAAGUACUUGGUCACGCCAGAUGAAAUCAAAGCUCAAUGCGUUGAAUUUUGUAUAGCAUCAAUCGAUAAUCCGGCAAAUAACAUGGAGUGGACACUUGCGGAAAUGUUAAACAACCCGGAGAUUUUGAGGAAAGCUAUGAAGGAGAUAGACGAAGUAGUGGGAAAAGAGAGGCUUGUUCAAGAGUCAGACAUUCCAAAUUUAAACUACUUAAAAGCUUGUUGCAGAGAAACAUUCAGGAUUCACCCAAGUGCUGCUUAUGUCCCUCCUCAUGUGGCUCGUCAAGAUACCACCCUCGGUGGUUAUUUCAUUCCCAAAGGUAGCCACAUUCAUGUAGGCCGCCCUGGAUUAGGCCGGAACCCUAAGAUUUGGAAAGAUCCAUUAGUAUACAAACCGGAGCGUCACCUCGAAGGCGAUGCAAUCUCGCAAGAAGUUACUCUGGUAGAAACCGAUAUGCGUUUCGUCUCGUUUAGCACCGGUCGACGUGGCUGCGUCGGGGUUAAAGUCGGGACAAUCAUGAUGGUUAUAAUGUUGGCUAGGUUUCUUCAAGGGUUCAACUGGAAACUCCAUCCUAACUAUGGUCCGUUAAGUCUAGAGGAAGAUGGUGCAUUACUUAUGGCUAAGCCUCUUCUCUUGUCCGUUGAGCCACGCUUGGCACCCCACCUUUAUCCAAAAUUCCGCCCUUGAGAAUGAAAAAAAAAAAAAAACGCCUUGUUGUCUCUGUUAUGUUUACCAACGCUUUGUCGUUAUUUCUAUGUUAUGUUCAUUGACGUACUGUCGUUUGUUUUUGUUUUAGACUAUCCUUUACCAGAUAACGCCAUCGUUUCAUUUGUAUGUCUUUUACUUGUAUUUGCUAAGUCUCUUUUUUUUUUUUUGCAUCUCUGUUACAACAAU